AUGGACAACGGCCUCAAGCAGGGUUUGAGAGCCAUAGAUGUCAAGGCGCAAAUCAAGCGGAACGCAAGCCGCCGACGGUCGCGCGACAACGGACAAGCAUCUGUCCCAGAGACCUGCUCUGUUGUGGUGUCAGCUCGGACUGCUUCACCCUCUUCCGCCGACCGGCCUGUUGUCGCUCAAUUUCCCCCAGGUUGCAACUUCAAGCAAAAGCGUCCUCCGCGCGCUGACGCAGACGAUGUCACUGGAAAUGCAGCUCACAGUUCUCCUCGUGGGAACAAGACGUCGUACAAUUUUGCAGAUCCGCACUUUAUGCUCGAACAUGUCAUGCUCAUGUCCUACCUCGACCAUAUCUUUCCGAUCCUUUACCCAUUCUACCGACCAGUCAUUGCUGAAGGAGCUCGUUGCUGGCUGCUUCCCAUCGCCCUGAGCCACGACUGCCUCCGUCAUGUCGUUGUGGCUCUAGCUACUCAUGUCAUGAGCACAGCUGAGACAACUCCUGGUUCAGAUCAGUAUGUCUGUGUUGCACUGGACCGGGAUUUGAUCCAUACUCAGACAGAGAUUGCUUUACAGACUGCACAAAGGGAUCUGCAGACCAUCAUAACGACGUUUUCUUCUCCACAGGACUUACUGGAAAGGUCGAAGGUCCUCGCCAAUACUGUUCAACUCCUGUCCGUGGAGUCAUAUCUUGGGCAUAACAGCUGGAAAGCACACCUGGACGCGGCAAUCUCGCUGUCGAUUGACAUCUUACAAGCUGGUGCUUCUCUACUCCGCCCAGUCAGCAGCACCACUGGUGGUGAGACAGGAGAUGCAUUCAGUCAGAUCAUUGACCAAUUGAACGUAACUAUAAGCUUCUCGAAACCGCAUCCACCGCUUUGGACGCCUCUCCAGGCAUCGUAUCGCUUUCAUACUGCACUACUGAUCUUCGCUGAUAUAAUCGCUGCUUCCACUCUUCGAAGAACGCCCAGAUUCGCGGCACAUUAUGAUGACAUCCUACUUGAAUCCGGCGGAGCUCAUCAGGUAUUAUCUCAACUUGACCACCCGCCGUCAAGCUCGCCACGACUUGAUUUACUGCGCUACUUUGGCGUCUCGAACAGCACGCUUCUCUUGAUCGCCGAAAUCGCUACAUCAGAUGCCGCGACGUCGUUGCAGAGGUGCGAUCAAGGCAAGAAGGCUGGAAUGGGGCUUGUGGCUCGAGUCCCCGGGCUAGAAAAGCGCAUUCGGGCUGCAAUCGACAACCUCGACGCCGCGUCAAACGUUCAAGCUACAACAAAGGAUGUGCUCUCCAGGACUUCCUGCCGAACUAUCUUGAGCAGUGUACUGCCUACACCGUCGACUGAAGUGCUUUUCCUCAUCAAUCGCAUUUGGGCGCGAGCUGCCUGGUUGUAUCUCGCGCUCACUUUGGGAUUAACCGAGCAGACCCAGACUGGAUCACGAGAACAUUUCUGUGCAGUGGCUCUCGAGGCUGUUGGCCUGCUUGUAAUUAUAUGUGAUGAUUGGGAAUCUGACAAAGAAACACCAGCCUGGCUAAGGAGCAUGGCUUGGCCGAUCUGUGUGACCGGACUGAGCAUACGACGUUGCGAUACGCAACAACGACCCAUGAAAAUUGCCUUUGGCACAGUCCUGGCAGUCUUGGAAGGCAGUGGCCUGGUUCAAGCGUUUGGCAUGGUCAGCCAUGUGAGAAGGGCGGUCGAGGAGUUCUGGUCGAGUGACACGAGCUCCGAUUGGAGCCUUUUUAGUGAGGUGUUGCGAGAUGUGCUCUUGAUAUGA